AUGACUGCACGGCUCAGUGACUUUGGCUCAGCAAAGUUUCUAUUACCAGGCCAGGUUAUUCGUAAAAGCCUGGUUGAUGUCGGAGGGACUAUUGGAUACAUAGCACCUGCGCAUUUUUCCCCUAAAUGUAUGUAUGCAUGGUUUAUUGAGUAUUUGAGUGUAUUUGCAGAGUACGGGCUGGGCUGCAAGAUCUCUGUAGGAGCUGACGUGUAUAGUUUUGGAGUGCUUCUGCUAGAGUUGCUUACCGGAAAACGACCAACCGAUGAUAUGUUUGUCGAUGGGCUUACCCUUCCCAUUUUCUCUGAAUCCAUGUUCCCUGACCUAGUGGCGGAGAUGCUAGAUACUCAUAUGGCGCAUGAGGAGUAUCAAGGGUGCGUAGAAGCAUGGAUGCAGAGAUAUAUUGCCCCGUUGGUUGCUCUGGGGCUGUCAUGUACUGUGGAAUCUCCGAAGGACAGACCUGGAAUGAAAGAUGUUUGUGCAAAACUUUCUGCUCUCAGAGACGACUUUCUGGAACGCCAUCAUGACGAUUGA